CUCGCUCUCUCUCUAAUCUCAGCCACGACAUUCAUUUAAUUAUGGUUUCGGGGAUUCGGGGGAAAGGGUUUUCAGAAAUUUCGGUCUGGGUGAGUACAUCCCGGAUCGUGAGAGGAUCGAACUGAAAUGCUCGAACGAUAAUCUGAAGCAGCAGUAUUUUCUCUGUGGGGGUUUGCGUAGAUCGUCAUGGGUGGGGUUUGAUCGUUUUUUUAUGGAGGGUGCUUGGGGUUUGCCCGACCGAGUCCAAUUUUGAGGGUCAUUUUGAUUGAUUUAGCUCAACUAUGGGGGCCGUCGGGGUAGCGACUGGGGAGAGUCGUGGGUGUGCGCCCAAGACCUUCAGGAUGGGGAGUGUCGAUUUGUGCAUGGAGGACGACCGGACGCUCGACGAUCGAGGAGUGAAAUCUGUAGAUGAAGGUGUGGGAGAAUCGUUACCUGGGUGGCGGGAUUCCCAAGCGCCGAUGAUGAUGCAGAAAACCGAUGAUGCGGAGGAGAAAGGUGCUCUGAUUCUUGGCUUGCCAGACGAUGCCAUGACGCUCGUGUUCGCUCGGUUGCCUCGGCAAAGCCUGGCGAUGACGCGGUUGGUUUGUUCCUCGUGGAAGCGUGUGGCCGAGCGGCAAGAGCUGGCUUCCUUGCGUCUCAUGAUGGGCACGUCGGAAGGAUGGAUUUACGUACUCGCACAGACUCCCAAAGGAACUCCAUUCCGCGCAUACGACCCGAUUGCUGGCAAGUGGUCCAUUCUCCCUCCCAUACCCGGUCGCUCCGAAGACCAGCAGUGGCAAGGAUUUGCUUGUGUUGGCUUUAGGCAUAAGCUUUUCCUCAUUGGCGGCACUCGAAAGUUGAAUAGCCCCAAUUCGGAAGGUAUGGUAUGCAGCAACGUUGUAAUAUACGAUUCCCUUACCAACAAAUGGACUAAAGGGGCGAACAUGAAUACCUCACGGAGCUGGGCGGCAGCAGCAGUAGUGGGGGACAAACUGUACGUUGCUGGAGGUCAAGGAACCACGAAGUUCCUUGACUCGGCCGAGGUUUACGAUCCGCACACUGAUACAUGGAAGAUAAUCUCGAGCAUGGGCGUUGUGAGGUCGAGUUGUCAAGGAGUGGCGCUUGACGGCCAAUUCUGGGUCAUUGCCGGGGAGUACGUGAAGAACCAUUACGACGACAAUCAGAAGAGCUCCGCCGAGGUUUACGACGCCGACACUAACACAUGGCGUUUCGUGCCAAACAUGUGCCUCGACGACAACAAGAUCAUGGCGCCUAGCGCCGUCGUAAAUGGAGAACUCAUUUGUGUGCAUCAGAAAAGACUGAUGCAUUACAACCAGCAUCUAAACAUGUGGCGCCAACUGGGGCACUUUCCCGGUGGGGAGUUAUAUGCCCGCCCUUACUCCAAGUUUGGAUUUGCUUGUGAAAGUGUGGGUAGCAGCUUAUAUAUAAUUGGAGGAACUCGCGAGUACUCACAGCACCACCAUCGAUACCGCACCCCGAUCAACUCUGUGGAGAUCUGUGAUCUUGGAAAUGAGCAGCAGAUCUCACGGUUAUGGUGGAGGCAAGGAGCAGAUAUGGGCCAGGGGCGGGGGACAAUGUCUGCAUCCACCGUUGUGUGGAUGUAAAGGAGCUUGUGGCCACCUCUUCUGAUGUUACUACGAUAAUGGUUGAAAUGCUGUAUGAUUUAUCCAAACUUUAAACUGUCACAGUACCGAUUGAUUAUUUAGAACACCCUCAUGGAUACGUACCUAGUUGUUAACACUGAAGAACUUGUGCAAGCAAUUUAUAAGUCUAGAACUAAGAGCUGGAUUGUACAUACUGAGAGAGCGGAUGGUGCGAGUCCGUUGAGCUUCAGGUUUUUCUGAAGUGAAAACAUAUUUUGAAUUAUGAAAUGAGUCCUUGUCAAGAGAACGGGCGAUUGAGCUGUUAUUUCAAGUUG